AUGGACUCAACCCACCGGCCGAGCAAAACCGGCGGCAAAAUAGCCAAAACCUUCCAGAAAAUGAUCCACCGGAGGCCCUCCUCCAGGCACCGGCCGUCGGCCCACCCCGGCUUCUGCCUCCUCAUCCCGCAGGAGAAGCUCCGGUGCUGCGAGUCCCGCCAGUUCGAGAAGGAGGAGGCCGACGAGGCCAAGGAGGAGUCGAGGAACCGCGCCGCCAUGGAGGCCUUCGUCGCCAAGCUCUUCGCCACCAUCUCCGCCGUCAAGGCCGCCUACGCCGAGCUCCAGAUGGCGCAGUUCCCGUACGACGACGCCGCCGUACAGUCGGCGGACCAGUCCGUGGUCGACGAGCUGAAGGCGCUCUCGGAGCUCAAGCACGGUUUCCUCAAGCGGCGGAUAGACUCCUCGCCGCCGCACGUGACGCUGAUGCUGGCCGAGAUCCAGGAGCAGCAGGCGCUCAUGAGGACCUACGAGAUCACCAUGAAGAAGAUGCGGGGCGAGAUCGAGGGCAAGGAGGCGCGAAUCGAGAAUCUCCGGCGGGAUUUGGGGGUAAUUUCAGGGGAGAACAGGUCGCUGGAGAAGAAGAUGAAUGCGAGCGGUUGCUUUUCGAUUCUCGAUACUGUCAGUUUUUCGGAUCUGAACCCGAGGGAUUUCGGUUUGGUUUUGCAGUACCUUUUGAGAUCUGUGAGGAAUUUUGUGAAAUUGCUGAUUCGCGAGAUGGAAAUCGCCGGUUGGGAUGUUGAGGCGGCGGCUGGCGCCGUACACGGCGGUAUCGAGUUUAGGAAGAGGGACCACAGGGCUUUCGUUUUCGAAUCGUACGUCUGUAGGGAGAUUUUCGCCGGUUUUGACGACCCGGGUUUUUUCUCGGUUCCGAACGACGACGGGGACGGCCGGUGGUUCCCGGACGACAUUGACCAGCGGCGGGUUUUCUUCUUCGAGCAGUUCCGGAAAUUGCGGUCGGCCAGCGCGCUUCAGUUCCUGAGGCAGAGUCCUAAUUCGCCGUUCAGGAAGUUCCUGAGGUCCAAGUACCUGAGCAUGGUGCACCCGAAGAUGGAGUUCUCGUUUUCCGGCAACCUGAACCAGAGGAAGAUGGUGAACGGCUUCGAGUUUCCGGAGACGGAGUUUUUCAAGGCGUUUGCGGAGAUGGGACGGAGGGUGUGGCUCCUGCACUGCCUGGCGUUCUCCUUCCGGGGGGAUGUCGGCGUUUUCCAGGUGAGGCGGGGGUCGAGGUUCUCGGAGGUGUACAUGGAGAGCGUGACAGAGGAGGCUUUCGCAGCGGCGGCGGCGUACGGCGGGGAGGACGCCGUUCUGCGGGUUGCGUUCACGGUGGUGCCGGGGUUCAAGGUUGGUCGGACGGUGGUGCAGAGCCAGGUGUAUCUGCUCCCGGCCAAAAGUUAG